AACCGGGGCGGUGAUGUCGUGUGGGGCUGGGCGUGGGCUGCAACAGUCCGCACUCUCACAGCACAUUGUUCGCUGCUGUCUGACCUCACCACACACAUCGACCUUAUGUUCAAAAGAAUUCGAAAAUAGAAGUGCCUUCCCGCGUGUCUCCGUUAACAUAAACAUCUACGUGAAGCGGAUCUGAAUUAGGAACAGAAUACAAGGAGAGUUGAAAUCCUGCUGAAAGAUUUGUAAUCAAGUGUAUCACAUCGACACUGCUAAUAGGAGUGCUAUUUGUCGUGAAAAAUGACAGAGUACAAGCUGGUGGUGGUGGGAGCUGGUGGCGUUGGGAAGAGCGCACUUACCAUCCAGCUCAUUCAGAACCACUUUGUGGAUGAAUAUGACCCCACCAUAGAGGACUCUUACAGGAAGCAGGUGGUGAUUGACGGGGAGACGUGUCUGCUGGACAUCUUGGACACUGCAGGUCAGGAGGAGUACAGCGCCAUGAGGGACCAGUACAUGAGGACAGGAGAAGGCUUCCUCUGUGUCUUUGCCAUCAACAACACCAAGUCCUUUGAAGACAUUCACCAGUACAGGGAACAGAUCAAACGGGUGAAGGACUCGGACGACGUGCCCAUGGUGCUUGUGGGUAACAAGUGUGACCUGCCGUCUCGGACUGUCGACACGCGGCAAGCACAGGAGCUCGCCCGCAGCUACAACAUCCCCUACAUCGAGACCUCAGCCAAGACCCGUCAGGGAGUGGAGGACGCUUUCUACACACUGGUCCGCGAGAUUCGACAGCACAAAUUACGGAAGCUGAACCCACCAGACGAGAGCGGACAAGACUGCCUGAGCUGCCGCUGCGUGGUGUCUUGAUGAAGCUAACCCACCUGGGGGUGAGGAGUGGACCUACAUAUACAGCUCUGUGCCCA